AAGAGUGGGGGUUGGGGGUGGUCGUGGAAGAAAUUAUUAAACGUACAAAUCUAAAUUCUGCAAAAGAGAGAGCUGCAACAUAUUUCAAAGUUUCUAUCGUUUCACAGCAGCAAAACAAGGGUGUUUACAACUGUGUGUGAAUUUUUUUAUUUGUCUGCAAAUGAGGUGUCUAAAACUGAUGUAAUGCAGUGGUAAGGUGUGACUUCAUGUGAAGACUACUUUAAAUGCUAAUUCUUAUUCACUGAUUUUACUAGCAAACAUUUACUGAACACAAAUUCAUGCAUCUGUCUUUUCAUAAUGUCCACUCUGGAAAUGACAGCAAGGCUCCACAGGAAGUGGUUGGAGGGUGAAGUUUAAGUCGUUCUCACUCUGGCCAAUCAAUCAAAAUCAAAAAUUUUAGUUUUACAGAGUUUAAAGAUGAAUAUGAUCCUAAGGUCUGAAUAAAGAAAUUGUGAUACAUAUGAAUGUUUUUGUCCAAAUGGAAAAACAGAGUACAGUUAUGUUGCAAAGCAAUCAACUUCAGUGGUCUUGUGGUUUUGUCCCGUGAUGCACAGAGGAGUUAAACACUCCUCUUCUUGUUAGCUCACACUCACACUGACGGUAAAAUCCAACAUGUGGACGCCUCUUCUAGCCCUGUGGCUCGUGUGUGUCUCUUCAGAUGGUUGGCGGUCCAAUGUUGAUCCAAUCCAGAUGGAGGACUGUGAAGCACAGUCACUCAUGGCUCAGCUUGGCUCUUCUGUCUUAUUACCAUGUCUCUUUACAACGAAAGGCUUCGACUGGGUCACCUGGGCUCAUGUGCAUGAGCUGGACCUGGACACGGUCCAGGGCCUGGUUGGUCUUUCAACUGAAGGGCGAGUUAAGUUCCUGGACCCCAGACAUGGUCGAGUGAAAACCUUUCCUAACCAGGCCUCAGUGGGGAACUUCUCCAUCUGCAUCGAUGAGCUGAGAGAGCCUGAUUUUGGUUUUUACAUCUGCAAGAAGGAGAAUAAAUGUGUCUCAGUGAAGCUGCAUGCAGACAAAGGUACACUACAUGCAAAUGUGUGGUCGCUGAUUUCCAUCUGUGUUGGUGUGGCCGCGCUCAUCCUGCUGUGUCUUUUUGGCUACUGCUGCUAUGAAAGCCUGCGCAACAAAAGAAGUCAGGACGACGCAAACAACACUGCUGCACCUAUGGCACCAUGCAGCUCCGGUCCCAGUGCUCCACCGCAGGAACAAGGUCAUGAGCACCACAUGGGGGCAGACGAUAAUAGUCUUGUUUAUGAAAAUGAUGACCAGUACAUGGUCACCAGGGACCCAACCAGAAACCAGUCUGCUCCAGCAGGAAUUCUGCAGCAUUCCAGUGGAGCUCAGUCCAACCAAAGCAACGUCGGGAUUUAUCCAAACAUAGAAGAAUUCAAAUUUGAAAGGGUGGAAAGUCAGAGAACAAGGAGAUUCCAUAUAGAGCUCAUUAGCAGGUUACGGCAAGCAAGUCUAAGUCGACAUUUUUAUGCCAACCAGCAAGAGAUCAACAAGCAACAAGCCAUGGCGCCCCGCUCAGAGAAUCAAAGAGCCCGGAAAGCCAAAAACACUGUUCCUGCCUCCGAUGGCGACUACCAGAACCCCAUUUACAACAGGAGCAUGGACUAGCUCAACCGACUGUAGAUGUUCAAGUUGUACAAAGACGGACACUGACUCCUUUUUUAAGUUGAAUGCAUUGUUUUUCACUGUGGACGGCACAUCUGUCACUGCUUUUCUUUCAAAUAAAACAACUCCAUAAGUA